AAUGGCUGCUUCCUGAAAGGCGCUGUCACGUGGAACCUCUUAGCCUCAGCAUCCUGAACUGAUAGAAUUAAACAAAAGCCGCUUUCUUUGGAAUCUUCAGCCUUUAAGAACGAGUCACCUCAAGAUCUCAACAUCAUGAUCUCAGUUUCAACACAAUUGUUCCUAGUUCUCUUUUCAUUGCUUCUGGUGCUGCCUGUUGUUGAAGCAGUAGAAGCCGGAGAUGCAAUCGCUCUCUUGUUAGGUGUGGUUCUCAGCAUUACAGGCAUUUGUGCUUGUUUGGGGGUAUAUGCACGAAAGAGAAAUGGCCAGAUGUGACUUUGAAGGGCCUCCUGAAUCAAACCUUGCCCUGAAAACCUUUGUGCUAUUGAGGUUCAGA